AUGUCUCUGACCACUGCCCUCAAGGCUGUUCCCCACACACCUGGACUGGUCAUCUGGAGGAUUGAGAAAAUGGAUCUGGUGUUGGUGCCUCCAAAGGCUCAUGGGAGCUUCUACGAAGGUGAUUGCUACAUUCUCCUUUCAACCCACAAAUCAGGUGGCGCCCUGUCCCAUGACAUCCACUACUGGAUUGGAAAAUGUUCCUCGCAAGACGAGCAGGGCUGUGCUGCCAUCUACACCACCCAGCUGGAUGACUACCUGGGUGGGACCCCCGUGCAGCACCGUGAGGUGCAGGGCAAUGAGUCGGAGCUCUUCAGGGGUUACUUCAAGCAAGGCAUCAUCUACAAGAAAGGAGGUGUUGCAUCUGGACUGAACCACGUGGAGACCAAUUUCUACGAUGUCAAGAGGCUGCUGCACAUCAAGGGGAAGAGAAAUGUCAUGGCCACAGAGGUGGAGAUGAGCUGGAAGAGCUUUAAUACUGGUGACGUAUUCCUGCUGGAUCUUGGCAAAGUCAUUGUGCAGUGGAAUGGGCCAGAGAGCAACAAGCAGGAACGCUUAAAGGCUAUGCUUCUUGCCAAAGAUAUCCGUGACCGGGAGCGUGGGGGCCGGGCUAAGAUUGGGAUCGUGGAGGGUGAUGAAGAAGAAGCCAGUCCAGAUUUGAUGAAGUUGCUGGAGAGUGAGCUUGGAGGGAAGCCACCUGAGAUCAGACCGGCUGUCUCCGACGAGGUGGUGGAUCAGCAGCAGAAGGCCAACAUCUCACUCUAUCGUGUCUCCGACUCAGAAGGGAAGAUGCAGGUUACGGAAGAAGCCAGGCGGCCCCUCCUGCAGGAGAUGCUGAGCCAGGACGACUGCUACAUUUUGGAUCAUGGUGGAAUGAAAAUCUAUGUCUGGAAAGGAAGAGGAGCCACUAAGACGGAGAAGCAAACUGCCAUGUCUAAGGCCCUGGAAUUCCUUAAGAUGAAAGGCUACCCUUACAGCACCAACGUGGAGACGGUGCAUGAUGGAGCAGAGUCAGCCAUGUUCAAGCAACUCUUCCAGAAAUGGACAGUCCAAGACCAGACAGUGGGGCUGGGAAAAGCUUACCACCUUGGCAAAGUUGCUAAGGUCAGCCAGGAGAAAUUUGAUGCUACCCUCUUGCAUGGCCAGCCGGAGCUGGCAGCCCAGGAGAGGAUGGUGGAUAAUGGAACUGGGAAAGUUGAGGUUUGGAGGGUCGAGAACCUGGAGCUGGUGCCAGUGGAGACUCAGUGGCAUGGAUUCUUCUAUGGGGGAGAUUGCUAUUUAGUGCUGUACACCUAUGAGGUGACCAGGAAGCCCUGCUACAUCUUGUACAUCUGGCAGGGACGCCGUGCCUCAGUGGAUGAGUUGGCCGCCUCAGCAUACCAUGCCGUGGAGGUGGACGAGCAGCUCGGCGGGGAGCCCGUGCAGGUCCGGGUCAGCAUGGGCAAGGAGCCACACCACUUCCUGGCCAUCUUCAAAGGCAAGCUCGUCAUCUUUGAGGGUGGGACAUCCCGGAAAGGUAGCUGUGAAGCAGAGCCCCUGGUGAGGCUCUUCCAGAUCCGUGGAACAGAUUGCUCCAACACGAAAGCGGUGGAGGUGAUGGCAGUGGCUGCAUCUCUAAAUUCCAAUGAUGUCUUCUUGCUCAAGGCCCAGGCAGAUCAUUACCUGUGGUAUGGCAAGGGCUCCAGCGGCGACGAGCGAGAAAUGGCCAAGCAGCUAGCAGCAGCCAUCUGUGAAGGGCUUCAGGAGUCUGUGGUGGAAGGGCAAGAGCCGGCUGAGUUUUGGGAGCUGCUUGGAGGCAAGGCCCCAUAUGCAAGUCAGAAAAGGCUGCAGCAGGAGGUUCCUGACCACCCUCCCCGGCUCUUCGAAUGCUCCAACAAGACCGGCCGCUUCAUAGUCAUUGAGAUCACGGACUUUACCCAGGAGGAUCUCAGUGAAAGUGAUGUGAUGCUGCUGGAUACCUGGGAUCAGAUUUUCUUAUGGAUUGGCAAAGAAGCCAGUGUAGUAGAGAGGAAGGAGGCAUUGACAACGGCUCAGGAAUACCUGCAGACCCACCCCAGUGGGAGGGAGACUGAUACCCCCAUCCUGAUAAUCAAGCAAGGUUUUGAGCCCCCCACCUUCACAGGCUGGUUCCUGGCUUGGGAUCCGUACCGGUGGAGCGAAGGGAAGACGUACGAUCAGCUGAAGAAGGAACUGAGAGAGGACCACAGCAUUGUCAGUGGCUCCAAGGAUUCCAAUGGGGGAUCCGUUGCCCUAAGAGCUGGCAUUGGUGGCAGCAACUACCCAACCUACCCUCUAGAAAUCUUGCUGUCCAGCCAAGAUAAGUUACCUGAGGAUGUGGAUCCUACUAAGAAAGAGAACUUCCUGUCAGAAGACGACUUCAUGAGAACCUUUGGGAUCCCAAGGGAAGCAUUUGCUGCUCUCCCUACUUGGAAGCAGCUGAACAUGAAGAAAGAUAAGGGGCUUUUCUGAAGAAGAAUGCAGAAUUUAUACAGGUGGA